GAAAUAAAAUGCUGGAAUUGGUAAAAAAAUGAGGGCACUGCUUCUUGAUUCUGCAAUGGGAAUUGGUGACUGAAUAUCAGAAGCAGUAUCAUUUAUGAUGGUUGGGAGACUAAGCUCAGAGUGGAAAUUUUCUUCACUUCUGAGGAGAAGGACAACAAAGAAUAGGACAAUUAUAGUUGGUCUAAAAUCAGGUAACUAUAGCAGAGAAAUGCUGCUGCGAUUACUCAAUGUAGUAGUCAAGCCAGGGGAUUAUGUGAUCGCCAUUCAUGUUCAAGAUCCUUUUGAUACUUUUGAUCCCAACACUUUUCAUACCCAUGAAGAUCUUUGCAAGUCCAAGCAGGUGGAUUUCCUGAUAAAAAUCUGCACCGGGGACUCUUUCAUUUCUGAAUUAACCCAUCAAGUUCGCGUCAAUUUUGCAACCAUACUUGCACUUGGAUGCAGCCUUUCAAGGCCCAAAGAUUCAGUAAUCAGUACUUGCCUAAAAUGCUUGCCCCCAGCUUGUAGCCUCCUGAUCAUCGACAAUGUGGGCAGAAUCAUACUCCAGAGGCAAGGAACCUCACAACAAGGCUCUUCUUGUGCAGUUCUUCAAUCCUUUCCAUCAUCUUCAUCAGAAGAAUUUUACUUUCCUCCUGCCCAUCAGUUACAAAAAUCAUUUGCUGCACCACCUUCCUUGAUACCAACAUCAAUUCAACAAAGCGAUAGUCCAGGAUGGCAAGGUGCCAGGAAAAAAGUGGAGGUUCCAAACUUCUUUGCGAAGAAGUUAUUUCACAGAUUAGUGAUCCUAGAAUCCCAGCGGUCCAUCAGGAUUUUCAACAUGGAAGAGCUCAUUUCAGCAACUGAAAAUUUCAGCCCUAACAUGGUGAUUGGAGAAGGAGGGAACAGUAAAGUAUAUCGUGCCAAGCUAGAGGACGGUCGGGAUGCAGCUGUGAAGGUCCUUAAAACAACACACAUUUCUGCAGAGGAUCUUCACCGAGAAGUGGAGAUCUUAUCUAGCAUGAAACACGAAAACAUCAUUAAGAUAAUUGGGUACUGUGAAGGCGAGGAUAUUCAUGCAAUUGUGUGUAAUCUGCUGAAGGGAAGCUUGAACCAAAAUUUUAAACAACUCAAGUGGAGGGAGAGGAUGGGAGUUGCCAUUGGUGUGGCAAAGGCAUUGGAGUACCUUCAUUGUUCUUUCAAUCCUCCAAUAAUUCACAGAGAUGUGAAAUCAUCUAACAUUCUCCUCUCUGAGAAUUGCCAGCCACAACUCUCGGAUUUUGGAGAAGCAAUGGUAUACAAUCAAUCAGAUCAAGUAUCUUCAGCUAACAUAAAGCCAUUUAAUGUUGUGGGCACGUUUGGUUACUUGGCCCCAGAGUACAUGAUGUAUGGAAAGGUAGAUGAGAAAAUAGAUGUCUACUCCUAUGGAGUUGUACUUCUGGAACUAAUCACUGGGAAAGAGGCUAUCCAAAAGAACCAGGCAAAACAAGAAAGCUUAGUGCUAUGGGCAAGAUCUUUACUAAGUUCCGGCCUACCGGAACAUCUGAUUGAUCCUUGCCUGAAGGACAACUACGUGGAAGAAGAGAUGGAAAUAAUGAUGCUUGCAGCCCGCCUCUGCCUUAAGCAUUCAUCUUCUAGGAGGCCAAAAAUGUCCAUGAUAUUGAGGUUAUUUGAGGAGCCAGGGUAUUGGCUAAAGAUACAGAGAGAGGGAGAUGAAACAUGCCUGUGGAGACAGGAUGACUCAGCUACUGAUACUAUUCUUUCCAUGGAUGAUUUAUACCAUGAAAUAUCAUUUAUUUGAAGUGUCAGAUUACUGAGCAGCUAGUCUACCUAUGAACAAUUUACAACUUGGGUCUUCUGCAGAACGUACUUGGCCUGAUUGCUGCAAAAAUAUCAAAUAAAGAACAUAUAAGCUGCUUUAUUGGCAGUUGAUAUGAGCAUGCAUUGUGUAUCAUGAGUAAUAAGGGCAUUUUAUAUUGAAUAAAUUCCAACCAUUUCUUCCA